AUAAAUCGUGGCAGUCGUUGUGUCAAAACAAAAGAUGAGGGGCUGGCUACUUGGGGAAGCUGGUGACACCGAUUACGGUAAAUUGCUCAGAUUUGGACUGCUGCUCCACCUGUUGAUGGGGACGCGGGUCAAAGGCGACGCUGUCGAAAUUAUCGUGCUGGGCACUAAUUGGAGUAUAUCUAAUCAGAAUGGGUCUUUCACCCUACCUGCUAAUCAGACACUGCCCUCUGGCAUAUACAGUGCCUUCCACCGGACCCUCGCUGUGCCCAAUGUGUUGGAUGCGUACAACGAUGUGGAUCUCCGUUGGAUGGCCUACGACAAUUGGACAUAUACAAACAAGUUCAAGUUUGAUGUGGAUCACUAUAAGCGCGUACGCUGCUUUAAUCUGACCUUCCAUGGUGUGGACACGGUAGCCGAGAUUCGGCUGAAUCGUCAGCUCUUGGGACGCACAGACAAUAUGUUUGUGCGCUACUCGUACGACGUGAGUAAGCUCCUGGAGAGGGACAAUGUGCUGGAGGUGGAAAUCAAAUCGCCCGUGUGGGCAGCUCUAGCUAGGGCGCGAGCUCUGGACGCCGCAAAUCGCAGUGUGCCUCCAGCCUGUCCGCCAGAGCGUUAUCAUGGCGAGUGCCAUGUGAAUAUGCUGCGCAAGAUGCAGGCGAGCUUUGCAUGGGACUGGGGACCGGCGGUGCCUUCAAUGGGCCUAUGGAAGAGCGUGCAGUUGGAGAUGUACGAGGUGGCCUUAUUACGUGACGUCGACGUGGACAUCAGUCGCAACGAAACACACUGGAACAUGCACAUUAGCUGCUUUAUGGACACCAAAGGCAAAGAGAAUUUUUAUGCUCAACUAGUCUUCUAUGCCGUCGAGCUACUGAACCAGACCGUGGUCAUCGACACAUACACCUCCAAGCCGAUCAGCUACUUGGCACCCGUAAUUGUCUUUGAUCAGGCUGUGCCAAUUGAGGAAGUCGUUGCCUGGUGGCCCAAUGGCUAUGGCGAUCAGAAGCUCUAUCCGCUGCACUUUACACUGAACGCCUGGCUGGAUCCAUCUGGACCGGAAGUGCGUGCCAAGACCAUGUCCCAGAAGUCGCUGCGCGUUGGCUUUCGCACAUUGGAGCUAAUUGAGCGGCCGGCACCGGAUGGUCGAGGCAACACAUUUCUGUUUCGCGUCAACGGCCUGGAGAUUUUCAUGAAGGGCAGCAACUAUAUACCAUCUCACAUAUUGCCAGAGCAACAAAGCCCAGAAAGAAUUGCCUACCUUCUGGAAUCGGCCAAGGAAGCGCAUAUGAAUAUGAUACGUGUAUGGGGUGGCGGUGUUUACGAAUCGGACUAUUUCUACGAUAUGGCCGACAGUCUGGGCAUACUCAUUUGGCAGGAUAUGAUGUUCGCCUGUGCCAUGUACCCAACGACGCCCGAAUUUCUGGCCUCGGUGAGCGAAGAGGUGCGCCAGAAUGCCAAGCGCCUGUCCCAUCACGCAAGCAUUGCCAUUUUUGCUGGCAACAAUGAGAAUGAGGCGGCUCUCGUGCAGAACUGGUAUCACACGUAUCACGAUAUCGAUCGCUUCAAGGCCGAAUACCGCGAGCUGUACCUGGGCACUGUUAUACACGAGCUGAAGAUCGUCUCACACAACGGCCGCCCCGAGCCGUUGGUGUCCUCGCCGUCGAAUGGCAAGGCAAGCGAGAGAGACAACUACAUAUCGGAGAAUCCACAGGAUAACCACAAUGGAGAUGUGCACUUCUAUGACUACUUUAAGGAUGCUUGGGAUCCAAAUAUUUACCCGCGACCACGCUUCGCGAGUGAGUAUGGAAUUCAAUCGCUUCCCGGAUCCUAUGCUUGGGAGCGUACCAAAGGAAAUGACAACGAUCUGGCACAAGUCAUGGGCCAUCGACAGCACCAUCCACUUGCAAUGGUCCCCAUAACCACCCAAUUGCAUCAGCAUUUGCCGCUCCCCUUGCCCGAGGACAAAGACUACGACGAGGCGCUAAUCUACUUCAGUCAAAUAUCGCAUGCCAUGGCCACCAAGGUGGAGACGGAGCUAUAUCGCACCCUGCGCGAUACGGAGCACAAUACCAUGGGUGCACUCUACUGGCAGCUAAAUGAUGUGUGGGUAGCUCCUUCGUGGUCUGGCAUCGAUUUUUUUGGUAACUGGAAGCUGCUGCACUAUUGGGCUCGGGAUUUUCUUGCUCCCGUUGCCAUUGUGGCGCUCUACGAUAGGCCUACGAAGUCUCUAAACAUCUCAUUGGUCUGUGACGAGCCAUCCAUCGAUACCAAGAAUUUGAACGUGGUUGCCCACAUUCAUCUGUGGUCGCAGCUCAUGCCGCGCAACUCGAGCACCUGGGCAGUCACUCUGCGGCCCAAUGGAGUACAGUAUGACAAGAUCAUACCAAUAAAGGAUCUGUUGCAGGGUGAUUUCAAUGAGCACAACGCCUAUCUGGAGUUUCAGCUGAGACGUGGCGAAACUCAACUCUCACGCACCUACUUCUUUCCUACCAACAUUGCCAGUGCUGUGGGAAUUAAAGAUCCGGAGCUAGAGUUCGAGUUCACGUCGAAAAUAUGCGUGGAUACCCCCAGCGGCAAGCGGAACAGCCUCAGCAUUGCCAUCACCGUGAAGUAUCCAGCGGUAUUCGUUUACCUGGAACUGCAGCUGCCUUAUCGGUACAGGUUGUCCGAGAAUGGCUAUAUGCAGACCACGCCCAUUCAUGUGGUGCAUGUGAUCAUCGAGACCAACACCUGCAUACGCAUCUGGCGCAAGUCGAACUUUAAUAUCUGGACCGUGAAUCAGUUUAUGCAUUAGCUCUGGGGCAUAUACUUUUCAAGUUUAAUGUAACAUUUAUAAAUAACUUAACAAAUAAACAAAUCAAUAAAUAUAGUAGAAAUA